GAUUGCAGGCAGUUACUUCAUCCAGUUUUUUACAUUUUUGUCAUAGAUGUUAUGUGUUUGUUAUUUUUAUUGUGCUUUUUUAUGGUCAAAAUAUAAAUGACUUUCACUUUUCUGUUCUGGCAUUUUUAACAUCUCAAGCCUUGUACACACGUAGCCAGGCCUUUAAAAACUGAAUAUGUCCGCCAAAAAAAUAUCUGCGUCCACGUGAACCUGCUGAAUUUCACCACUGAGCCUUGUAAAAAACAUGCCCAACCCAUAGGGGACAAUGCAGUGCAAAGAUUAAACGUAUGUCAGCCAAUCAAAAUCCUCCAAAACGACCACAGCUUCCUGUUUUGAUCAUGGCGCCUGGAGGUUCGUUUGUGUGGACAGACCGCGAGGUUGAACUACUUUUAAGUACCAUGUUGGAAUACAAAGUUAGUAAAACGGAAGACAGUAUUGAUUGGGAAUCACGUCAGAGCAAGUACGUUGACAUUUUUUAGAGCAUUACCCAAUGGAGUCCUCAGAUGAGUUUCCCCAUUCAAAAACCGAAAUCGCUGGGGAAUUUAACAACAACAAAUGACAGCAGUCCGAGGGAAAUAUCGCCAGGCUGUUGAUACAGGACGCAGGAGUGGACACGGUCGAGUGGUUCUUCUUUACUUUGAACUGUGUGAACAAAUUUGGGGCGGUUCUCCAGCUACUACUACCUUGCCGUCGGGAAUCGAAACAGAAGAUCUGGAUCUUUCCCUGUCCCUACCCUCGCCGUCCACGUCUUCUUCCUCCACCAUGGAUGUAGCAGACACAGGAUCUGAUAAUGAAAGCAGUGUGGAUCCAACAUCAAAGCAGAGGAGAGACCUGCUUAAUGCAAAACUGAAAGGACACAGGCACGACCGGCUGAAGAGAAAGCUGCCUGCUGAGACCCAGUGGCUAAAUGCUCUUGAGGAAGACCUGCGUGUAAAGAAGAGACUGGUGGAAAUCAUUGAGACAUCAGAAAAAAAGUUAGCUGAAAACUAUUCUAAAAUGGCCAAUACACUGAAUAAACUUACCACAUYGAUUGUUGAUGGGUGUUCUCUUCUGAGACAGGUCAUUCAUACUCCUGCACAACCACCCCACUACAUGCCAUAUGAGCCAAGAGGUCCAAUGUAUUCUCACACAACGGCCYACCAUUCUGUCCACCAAAACGCUGCAAAUUAUCCAUACCCAAACAACUCCUUUGCUGGCAGAAGAACAACAAAAUACAAUACCAGUAAACACCAUGAGCACCGAAGAUAUCUCCCACACACCUGCUGAAGCCACUGGGCAAUUUUCAUACACCCAGGCUCUCUUUAGUAAUGGUUAGAGCUCCAUUUUUUUAUAUAAAGGAGCUAUUCUGUUACUGUUAUGUACAGUGGUUUGCAAAAGUA